CCUUAACUUAGCUCCACAUACAAAUGAAAAAAAAAAAAUUUUCUUUUCCUUUUAUCAAUGGCUACGCUUUCUCACUACACUCUUCAUCCUCUAUCUUCAUCUUCUUCUUCUUCAACCUUGAUUCAUCUUUCACCAUGUUCUUCUACAUCUUAUCUUUCUCUUCCUCAACCUACAUCUUUAUCCAAAGUCUACUGCCCAUCCUCCAAAUGCAGAAGGAAACCAACAAAAUCAAGAUUCUUGAUGAUCAUUGACCCAGUAUUGCUGUUUAAUGGCUUUGGUAGCACUUUCUACUUUGACACACAAACACUUCUUGCCACUGUUAGUGUUUUGGCUGCCAUUGCUCUUUCUCUCUUCCUUGGCCUCAAGGGUGAUCCGGUGUCCUGUGAGCGAUGUGGUGGCAACGGGGGAACAAAAUGUGUUUUUUGCAAUGAUGGUAAGAUGAAGCAAGAGACGGGGUUGGUUGACUGCAAAGUAUGCAAGGGUUCAGGAUUGAUACUCUGCAAGAAGUGUGCCGGUUCUGGCUAUUCGCGAAGAUUAUGAGCUUUGAAUUCCGCUCUAUAUCUUAAACCUUCUUCCUCUGACAUCUGCAAGAUCUUGUAACUAUCUUAUUGUUCAUAGUUUUUUUUUUCCUAUCUUUUUAUGAAUCUUUUUAAUUAUCAUAUAACUUUGGUAAAAUAUUUUGAUGUGACCUUGAUAAUCGCUAUUGAAUAUGAAUAAAAUUAAUCAA